AUGAGGGGGCAGCUCCUGAUGUUUUUCUUCUCGUUCAUGAUCAUUCUCCUCUGUCUGGGGAGUCUGAUGACCAUGUUCAUCUGGGACACGUCGGACUACAAUAAUUUGAAAACUUACCAACCGGCCCCUGCAAAGCUUUGUAAAGGCUGCAAGAAAAUCAUUGACAAAAUACAACAACGUUACAAUCAAACCUGGAUGAAGCAGGAAGAGAAUAACAUGAAAUUGAGAGCUGAACUGAGACUUAAGUGCAAUGGGUCUGAUGAAGCCAUCAUUACCCAGAGCAACACUCCGGUGGGAUCGAAGCUUGUUUAUGAUGGGGAACAGAAGAGGACUAUUGAGGUGAAUCAGGACCUGUUCAACAUGUUUAUUAAGAAACAUCCUUUCUCAAAUAAAAUAUGGGACACCUGUUCAGUUGUUGGGAAUAGUGGGAUCCUGUCUGACAGCGGCUGUGGAAAAAUGAUUGAUUCGGCUGACUUUGUUGUCAGGUGCAACCUACCUCCAUUGGACAAUGGAUAUGAGAAAGAUGUUGGCACCAAAACUAACCUUGUGACAGCAAAUCCGAGCAUCUUAUUACAUAAGUUUGGCUCGCUGAUAGGACGUCGCCGUCCAUUCAUAGAUAGUCUUCGCCAGUAUGGCAGCUCUUUGCUGCUCCUUCCUCCCUUCGCCUUUAGUAGAAAUACUGCAGUGUGUCAGCGAGCUGUUUAUGCAAUAGAGGACUUUGAAAGCCCUCUUCAGCCUGUUUUCUUCAACCCUCGGUACCUUCAGAAUCUGUCCCAGUUCUGGCGCUCUCAGGGCCUGAAGGAAGUACGGCUCAGCACCGGAUUAAUGAUGGCUAGCAUGGCCCUGGAAUUUUGUGAAAAUGUGCACCUGUAUGGAUUCUGGCCCUUCAGUAGUCACCCAUAUGGCCUCUACGCCCUGACUAACCACUACUAUGAUGACAAACCAGCUAAUAAAGGCUUCCAUUCAAUGCCGGCUGAAUUUGACCAGUUGUUGCAGCUGCACGCUCAAGGGAUAAUAAGGCUUCACCUGGGAGACUGUAAAGCAGAUGGAAAAUAGUUCCCAGGGACAGACAACACCACCGAAGCAAAGUGUCACCUCUGUAGCCUUCAGAUG